GGAUGCAAAGAUGGCGGAAGAAGAGAAGCAGUGUGAAGAAUUUGAACAAAUAGACUUUUUAAGAGACAGACAUGUGCGAUUCUUCCAGAGAACGCUACAGAUUUUACCCGAGAGAUACUCCUCAUUAGAAACCACCAGGUUGACUAUAGUGUUCUUCGCUCUGUCCGGGCUGGAUGUUCUGGACGCUCUGGACGUGAUCGAUAAAAAAUCAAUGAUUGAAUGGAUUUACUCACACCAGGUUUUGCCUACAGAAGAUCAGUCUAACCUAAGUCAAUGUGGUUUUCGAGGGUCUUCACACAUUGGGUUACCGUACAGCACAAAGGGUCCAGGAGUGCCUCAUCCAUACGACAGUGGACACGUGGCCAUGACGUACACAGGUCUCUGUUCACUCUUGAUUUUAGGAGAUGAUCUGAGUCGAGUGAACAAACAAGCGAUUUUAGCCGGACUCAGAGUUCUACAGCUGGAGGACGGCAGUUUUUACGCAGUGCCUGAGGGAAGCGAAAAUGACAUUCGCUUCAUUUACUGUGCGGCCAGUAUUUGCUACAUGCUCGACGACUGGUCUGGGAUGGACAUUCAGAAAGCCAUCGAGUACAUUAGGAGCAGUUUGUCUUACGACAGCGGUUUUGGCCAAGGAGCAGGCCGCGAGUCUCACGGUGGGUGGACGUACUGCUCCAUCGCCUCCCUGUGCCUGAUGGGGCGUCUGGAGGAGGCUCUCAGUCAUAAGGAGCUGGACCGGAUCCGGCGCUGGUGCAUCAUGAGGCAGCAGACCGGUUUCCACGGGCGACCAAACAAACCCGUGGACACCUGCUACUCCUUCUGGGUCGGAGCCACGCUGGAGCUCUUGGACGUGUUCCAGUUCACUCACUUUGAGAAGAAUCGCAGUUUCAUCCUCUCCACUCAGGACCGGCUGGUGGGAGGAUUCGCCAAAUGGCCCGACAGUCAUCCAGACCCUCUCCACGCGUACCUGGGCAUCUGUGGCCUGGCCCUGAUCGGAGAGCCGAGUCUGAGGAAGGUCCACCCGGCUCUGAACAUCACUCAGAGGGCCUUCGAGCACCUGCAGCAGCUGCAGAGGACGUGGAGAGACCAGUGUAACGGACAGCACUGACAGCUCACACACAAGGGCCUGCAGACAGCUGAGGACACACGAGGACCUGCUUUAGACGCUUCGCUGGAGGUGUGCACUGCAAAAACAUCUACGGGAGUUAAAAUGACUUCAAUUCAACGUAUUAAUCUUGAUUUGAUAUUAUUUAUUUACUUAAUUUGAUGUAGAUCAUGCUACAGGGGAUUUUAAGGAAUUUUCUGUUUGAGUAUUUAGCUCCAGAUUAAUUAAAAUGCCAACUGGUGACUUUCAUGUGCUGAAGAUGUCAUAAUCGCACCAAGAUCCAGUUUUCGCUGUGGCCUAUUAUGAAUAAUUAUCAGCACACAUUUUAGUCAUUUCUCUGCCUUCCUUCUAGGCCUGUCACAGUAAAACAGAGUAAGACAAAAUGCAGACACGAGUCCAAAAAGUUCUAACAUAGCCUGAAAAAAUAGAAAAUGAGAUUAAACAAAACAUCUUUAGGAGCCUGUAAUUAAUACGAGCAAUUCAUGGUUCUGUUUAGGUGUUUGAUUUUCAACAAUAAUGUGAGUGAUUUGUGAAUUUUAUAUGUGACUUGUGUUUAAUAGCACUUAUUAGCUCCCCUAUUGUAGUUCCAACUAAGUCAGAUAUUUCUGGUUAGAUUGUGUUAAAAUAAAGCUCAGAUUGAGUAAGAGAACUUCAGCCAGAGCAGAGUUGCAAAGUUUUAACUCAACAAUAAGUUGACGUAGUAAUUAUGACGACAGGCCUACUUCUUUUGGGAUUUUAAAAUAUUGCGUUGCCUUAUGAAACCCAGCAAUUGGGGAGAAAAUUGCUCUUAUUUAAAGCUAAAUCUUGAAAACAUAACUGCAGUUCUUAUAAUAAUUUACUCUUCUUCUCAAAACAAGAUUAACAUUGAAAAUACAAGUCAUUUUACCCCAUGUAGGUUGUGUUUUUUACAGUGUGUGUGAAGACCACCUCCUCACGGGCGGUAUCAGGAAGUCUCCAGUUGCACUUUAGUGACUGAGGAGAACGCGUUAGGCUUCGGCUAAAAGCAACUCUGGGUUAAGCAAUAUGAUAAGAAAAUAUGAACAUGUUUCGCUGCCUUGUCGAGAAAAUCGUCACUUUUCAAAAUUAUACCAUGUGCCACAAACAAAAUUAAGUUGUGGGAUUUCGCCAGGCUUAAUUUUGCAACAUUUUUUCAUUUGAAGCCGCUUUUAAAACAACAAUUAUACGCAACGCUGUCAACUGCACUGCAAAAAAGGAAUGUCUUUGUAAAAUUAAGAGGGAGUUUUAUGCAUUUUGCACUUGAGUGCCUUGAAGGAGGCAAAGUGCGAUAUAAAAAUGUGACUUUUGACCAUUUCUGUUUUAGCUUUCUACCAUGUUUACGUUGUUUCCUCAUCAAAAACAUGCCUGAAGAGGUUUUAUGUCAUCCUGCAUGUUUGAGCAAUUUAGUGAUCUCUCCCAACCCUCCUUACGAUUAGGCAUAAGACUCUGUCCAAUGCUCCAACCACAAACCUUCAUCCCCACAACAGUUCUCCACAGAGUCCUGCACAGGUCCAUUUUUGGAGACUUGUACCCGCCCGCACCCGUCAGACUAUGAAUUGAAAAGUUACUACUUUAAGAAUCACAAUCACGAAAUGAAAUGAAACGGUUAUGCUUUCUUCAGUACGAAUAUGAAUUCACAGACGCGACUUGACUGUCGUCACUUCACAGGCUUUAUUCACUGAGCAGAAGAAACACUGAUCGAGAUGCCGGACUUUUGCGACGCACACGCCACGGACCGAACCAGGACUGAACAAGGACUAAAACAGAACUAAAACAAGACGAAAAUAGGACUAAACCAGAAGUGAGCCAGGACUCACUGUUGGGACAGGCUCAGAGGUGCGCCCAUGUAGACUGUUGGGUGACCGCAAGGGAAAGGACCAGCGCAGAGCUCCGCGCCUCAUGAGGUAAGAGCAACCGUCACCCAAUCGCGUUUUGCAGACACCCUGCUCCAAAGGCUCGGGGUUCUCUCUCGCAUAAAUCCAAGAUUAGUCCUGGUUUAGACCUGGAUUAGACCUGGUGUAGUCUUGGUUUAGUCUUGACCCGUCUGUGCAUAAUUGCUACCCGCCCGCGAAAUUCCUUAGCGUUAAAACCCACCCGUUUCAGCAACUAUUUACCCGACCCAGUGCAGGACUCUGAUUCUCCAUAAAUAUACAAAAGCAACAUAAAAAACUGUACACAACAACUUGACAAACCUGAUUUGAUUUGUAGUAGUCUCAUUAGCUGAACACACUCUGAUUGUUCUCUGAAGAGGGGAGUGACUUAGCACGGGGAGCAAAGAGAGGGGAGACUUAUAAACUUAUAAAACUUGUUGAUGUUUCUUUUUUGCAGUGCUGAUUUAGGAUUAACAUUGGACUCUCCCUUAUAUAACAGAACCCUACGGUGGGCUUUGCAGACAUCAAACUCGAUACACUGUUACUGUUUCUUUUACCAGAGGCUUUUUACUGUUCGUAUUUCUGAAAAAUACUCAACCAUUGCUGAAAAAUAAGCCUGUAUUUUGCAAAAUGUAAAUAAACAAUAUCUAUUUUGACUUGUUUCUAAA